AUGGCUGAGAAUGGAAGGGUACAUCCAGAUUGUGUCAAUGCCUCCAACCCUUACCAUGAAUGUGGUGUAGCUUGCCUUGAAAAAAUUUCUCAGGGAAAGGGGAGGAAUGAGAAGAAAAAGUCAGGUUCCUUUCUGGAUACUGCUUUAAGCUUUGGUAGAAAAAAGAAGGAAUCUGAGUCUCAGCAGAACUCUCCUCGAGCCGUUAACAGUGCUGCUGCUGUAAAAGCAGUUCGCCGUGCUUCACCACCUCCAUCAACUCUUCCGGCUAAAAAGGAUGAGGAACCAGAGAAUAGUGGAUCCUUUUCCUCGUCUCAACAACAUUCUGAUGAAAGUUAUUCUGAAGACCAUUCUUUUGACAAGGUGCCGGUUCGAUCCCCUGGACCAAUGCAUGUGUCUGGGAAUAUCACGCCUGAUCCUCCCAAAAGCCCUUCCAAGAUUAGUUUGGCCUGCUAUAAAAUUCCAACACCAGCCGAACCUCAACAGAAAGGAAAGCUCCAUGGUUCACCACAGGCUGCUCCAUAUCCUUCUGCUAACCAUGAGGGAAAAGUAACUGAUGGUCCCAUUACCGAGUAUCUGAACUUCAGCUUUUCAGGCAUUUCUCGUGCUUCAGAAGAGAGUGAUGAGGAAGAGGCUCAAUCUGUUGUUUCGGAUUCCUGUGUAUCAGUAGGAAAAUAUCAUGUGAGAGCAAAUGUUGCAUCUAUUCUACAGUUAAUCUUUGAAAAGUAUGGAGAUAUUGCCGCAAACAGUCGAUUGGAAUCAGCUUCCAUGCGAGCUUAUUAUCUAGAGUGCCUUUGCUUUGUGGUUCAGGAGUUGCAGAGCACUCCUUUCAAGCAGUUGACAAAAUCCAAAGUUAGAGAAAUGCUGGCUGUUCUUAAGGAUGUAGAAUCCGCACAAAUUGAUGUUAGUUGGCUUCGUGAUGUACUCAACGAUCUGGCCGAAGGCAUGGAGCUCAGCGGUCAGCAUCAAGCUGCAGAAGAGGCAAAAUCCAACUGCGAUCGUAGUAUGGACUUGACAAAGAAAGAACUAGAAUCCAUGAUGGAGGAUCUAGCUGAAAAAGAGAAGGCAGUUGCUGAUGCCAAGGCACAAAUCGCUGAAACACAAUCUCACCUGAGUAAGCUCGAGCUUGAAUCUUCUCAGUUAGGUGAGACUAUUUCAUCAAUCUGGACGACGGUCGAAAGGUUUCAUGACAAACCCUUGGCAGAUGAGAUCCUGUAA